AGAGAGCAUGGAGCAGGAAGGCGGGGGCUGAGUUACGGAGCGGACGGGAGCGAAAUGUCCUUCAUAUAAAGCGGCCCCAGGCAGCCAGCGAGGGAGGAGACCGGAGCAUCGUUCGCCAUCGCACCAUCGCACCAUCGCAAGCUGCUCAUCCGCUGAAGCCAGACUACAGACAUGAUGGGCUCCUUGCACGCUCUUCUCUUGAUAUGCACGUAUUGGACCGGUGCCCUGAUUGGCCCAGUCAGUUCGGAGGGGGUGUGUCUUCAAGAUGGCAAGCACAAGGCCGUGCCCGGCCCAGAGCCUGACCUGAGGGAGUGUUCGCUCUACGCAGACGAUAGCUGCUGCACACAGGAAGACAUCCAAGACAUUUCCCAUGCUCCCUCUGCCAGCAACCAGAAUGAACCAUGGGACAAGUGUGGGCCGCUCAGCUCAGCGUGUGAAGGCUUCCUGAAGCGGGUGUCGUGCUUCUACCGCUGUUCCCCGGAUGCUGCCCGCUGGCCCCACCCCCAUCGGCACUCCUCCAUCCGGGCCGUGCCGCUCUGCCACAGCUUCUGUCGUGAUUGGUUUGACGCAUGCAGGACAGACUUGACUUGUGCUCGGAAUUGGGCCCUCGACCCCCGAGGACAGAAAUGCACUGGGACCUGUGUUCAAUAUCAGCAGAUGUACCAGCAUGGCCGAGACCUGUGUGAGAGCCUGUGGGGUGACGCCUUCAUGACGGUGGAGGAUGCGUCUCAGGAGGCGGGAGAGGCCCAAGACAACGGCGGUCUCGGCAGCGGUCCCCCCUGCGGCUGCCUGACCCUGAGUCCUUCCGACAAAGACGUGAUCUCGGCCCUCCGAGCCCGGCAGGACGACCCAGAGGAGCCGGAUAGCACCAAGACCGGCCCGCCUGCGUAUCCAUCGCCCUGCCAGGCCAAGCCGCCCGCUCAGUCAGGGAGCAGCAGGAAGGGGAACUCGGUCCUACGCAAGCGCUCCAUCAUGGUGGACGACGGGGAGGGCAGCGGAAGCGGCUUGUAGAGAUGCUCCUGUAGAUGAUGUAGACCUACCUAGAGCACAUGUGGACGGAGGGCCGAGGCACCACAGCUCUUUUUCCCAGCGGUUGAUUUCAUUCCAGACCAAAGGAGGUUCACGGUUCAGAUCAGCUGCUAGGUGACCUGGGAAGAAACCUGUCGUGUCUCGGCCCCCCAAGGCAGGAGUUUGACCCGUCCCCCCGGUCUGGAGGCUACAACCGGCUGCCAUUAUCAUAUCCCAAGCAUGAUGAGACAAAGGUCCAUAAAGGUUGCUGGCAUGGUGACGGACUGGCUGCGAGGCCGUCCUGGGUGGGUUUCCACAGAGGAGACGGGAAUGAUUAGAAUGGAUGUAACAGCUCUGUUCGGGAUGGGGGGGGGGGGGGG